AUGCCCAGGUCUUUCCUGGUGAAGAGCAAGAAGGCGCACAGCUACCACCAGCCCCGCGCCCCCGACGGCGAGGGCAGCCUCAGCCUGGAGAGCGUCCUGGCCCAGAUCUGCGCAGACACUAAGGUUUCGGGGGAGAUGAACCUAGAUCUCCCCGAGCCGGAGCCUUCCCAGGGCUUCUCCCCAGAAUCGCAGCUGCCCGAGGGGACUGAUGGGACCUCGGAAUCGGCUCCCAGCUGCGAGGGCAGCCUGUGCGACAGAGCCGCCGAGCUGGAGGAUUUCUGGAGGCCGCCCUCUCCCUCUGCGUCUCCAGCUUCCGAGCGUUCCAUCUGCCCCUCCUUGGAUGAGCCUUCCCCUUUUUCGGUGCCCUUGAAACCCUAUGCUUGGAGCAGCCUGGGAGGUUCAGAGCUGAGACAUUUAGUACAGAACUACAGGCCCUGCCCAACUCUGGAACGUAACUCAUCCCUCGGUCUCUUCUGCGAGCGGGGAUCUGAGCCCACACUCUACGGAACAGAGCGCAGCUCAGCCUUGGCACUCUAUGGUGACUUUAGCUCCCCUGGACUCUUUGACCGGCCAGCAGCUAAUCCCGGAAUCUAUGUAGAAGCCCCACCAGGCCUCCAACAGGAGAAAAACGCAAGUGGCCUCAAACUGGAAUCGGAGCUUCUCUGUCGCCCUCUAUUGAUCAGCACUGGGUCCUACAAGUGUGUCAAAUGCAGUAAGGUCUUCUCCACUCCCCACGGCCUGGAGGUGCAUGUUCGUCGUUCUCAUAGUGGCACCAGACCCUUUGCUUGCGAGAUGUGUGGCAAGACCUUUGGCCAUGCAGUUAGCUUGGAGCAGCAUAAAGCUGUGCAUUCACAGGAGCGCAGCUUUGACUGUAAGAUCUGUGGUAAGAGCUUCAAGAGAUCCUCCACCUUGUCCACCCACCUUCUCAUCCACUCAGAUACCCGGCCUUAUCCAUGCCAGUACUGUGGGAAGAGGUUCCAUCAGAAAUCUGACAUGAAGAAGCACACUUUUAUCCAUACAGGUGAGAAGCCCCACAAAUGCCAGGUGUGUGGCAAAGCUUUCAGCCAGAGUUCCAACCUUAUCACCCAUAGUCGUAAACACACCGGUUUUAAGCCCUUUGGCUGUGAUUUGUGUGGAAAAGGUUUCCAGAGAAAGGUGGAUUUGCGGAGACAUCGGGAGACACAGCAUGGUCUGAAAUGAGGACCACAGAGAAUCUGAAAACAACAAGAACACUAUGUGAACAGACUUCCUCUUCUUCCUGGUGGGCUGCCCUGCCCUGCUUGUGGUCUGGCCCUUCAGCCACUUCCUGCCAUAACCUCACUAAACAGGAAGUCAAAGCUGGCUGGCCGGCAUCUUGCAGAAAUAACUGAAAGACCUUGGAAGGGAAAAGGAAUGCCAAGGGUAAAGGAAGGUGGGGCAAAGCCUCUCUUUCUCUGUGUCUCUUCCUUUACUAUUAAACACUGGAAACAAUCAUCUUCCCCUGCCAUUUUGAAGCCCAAACACCCUACAUGGAUAAGCUACCGGGUGCCUUUCUGAGAACCAGACAGUCAUUUUGUUUCAUGAAUUCUUCUAUUAGAUCCCAUUUUAAGGGUUAAUUUUCCAGGACACCUGAACUACAUGAGGUAAUAGUAAACAACACUGAACAGCAGCUUGACCAAAUGCAGAACGAGGAAGGCUUGCUUUUGUACAAUUGAACAAUUAAUACAGGUUCUACUUCACUAUCUCCACUGGGAUCUCAAGUUCUUGCUCUACUUUUCAGUGGCAAAUGCUUUACUUUUCAGACUGAAUGGAGCAGGUGGGGAUAUAGGUCUGCUUCUGUUUUUAUAUUUCCCCCGUAUCUUUAUAGUGCUCAGAUCAUCAGGAAAGAGUCGGAAACACAUGAGUGGCAGAGAAGGCCAAAUGUGUGUUUCAGACAUGUGUUUGAUCAUUCCCACAUUACAAGAUGUCUGUCUGUGGCUAAUUUCUAGCCACCUUUUGAAAGCAAGGCAGGGAAAGAUAAUAUCAGAAGCAAUGUUCUGAAUUUACUCACACGGGUUUAAAUAUUUGCUGAAACUUCACGUGAAGAGGACUCUUGGACUUUUUUUAGUUUUAUGCCAUGGAGAUAUCCAGGGUGGGAGAGGGGAUGACAGAAGAUGUAAAGCUCUGGAAAUGUGUCUCUGUGCUUUCAACCACCCCUGCAGUGUCCUCUAUAACACUCACAAGCUCCUUGGCUUCAAAUGUCUGUGACAAAGAAUUGCAGAUCUUUUGAACUUCUUGACAAGCAUAGUAGCAACCAAUAGGAUCGAUUAGCUAACUCUCAGUGAAAUCCUAAGUAGAGUUACACAGUGUAACUCAUGCCUGUCUAGGUCCAUUGAAGCCAAUGAGCUUGGCAGUUUGUAAUUCUGCUUAGAAUGGCCCUGCCAUAUGCUUCUCAGCCUUUUGUGGUUGGAAUGAGAAACCUUCAUCUCUUCCGAAUUCUGAAUAACAGCAGCUCUCACCAGACAAUUUACCUGCCCUGUGCAGACUUCUGCUGUGCUCCAGGUUUGGGAUUGUUAGGAAAGCACCUCCUUGGCUUCAUCAGUAAUUUACCAUACAGACCAAUCUAAGCUAAGACCAAUGACUAGCUAGGCAAAUGACUUCUACUGACUGUAUAAAAUGGCAACCAGCAGUAAAUGGCUGGGCAAGAUUCCAGCAUAUCCUAAGCUCUAUUUUACUAACACAGUGUUCAGCUUCAUUCAUGUCUCCUUCAUAGUCCAUUCACAGUUGCACACCAUGUGGUAAAUGUUUUAUAGCUCCCUUCAAAUCAGGAAUUUUCCUUAAGGAAAAGUCAAUGUUUUUUCUAUGGUGUCUUCCAAGAGUUUCAGUCUGUUUGGUAAAGUACUGGUUGUUACAUGUAUGUGUGUGGUCUUUAUGCGCACCUGUUUUGUACAGAAUAGUCUAUGGAGAGCUCAAAAAGAAGAGCCAAACAGGAAGCAAGCUAUGCCUUAUUGAUUAGAAAUAUAUGAAUGUUGUUUGUCCUUGACUGGAAAAAGGCAAACUAAGAGACUGCUACUAAUUUCCCUUCCAAAAUGUCAUUUGCAUUCUGUGCUAGAUGAUGGGAUGGAGCCCAUAGAUCAGCUCUGGUAAAGGAGGUGUUUUCCUGCAGUGGGAAGAACCUUAACCUGAUGCAAUACAUCUGUAUCAGAGGAAGGUUCCUUCCACCAGUGGAAAGUGCUUCUGCUAAUGGACUCAUGUUUGGUGAGAAGUAGCAGAUGAAUACACUGGUAUGAAUAUCUGUGUUAUUUGCUCUGAAAUGGUCUCGUGCCUGGAAGGACCCAGGAACUAUUAUCAUGAAUUUGCCUUAAUUAAUUCUGUGCAUACCUCAGUGGCAGAGAAAAAUAACAUGUUUUUACUUUAUCGGGAUGAUUGUAAAGGCCUUAUUUAGAAUUUACAGUGUGUCUUAUGUUCAU